AUGAUCGACCACGCCAUUUUCGAAGACCUCCAGACUAAGAUCGACGAGGAGGCUGCAGUCCGCGAUGAGCUUCAUGAGAUCGUUCAGACGCUAGCGAGGAAGGGCCGAUCUACGCAGGCGAUCCUGUCUAGAGCGCAUUCGACGCCUGCCGGGCAGUUGAAACCCGUCCUUGACGACGCAACCAAGGAGAUCCUCGCUCAGCGUGAGGAAGUCACCCGGCUGAAGGGCGUCGCUGACAAGCAUCCCUUUUACAAGUACAAUGGCUUGUGGACUCGCGAGCUUCAGAACCUGGUCUCAUCGAUCGAGCUCUGCGCCUGGCUCGGUGGGUUCGAGGAGUACAAAAGCUCCAGCUCGGCUUCGUUCUUGACCAUUGAGGAGGUUGGCAAGUUCUUGGACGUCCCCGUGAACUUGAAGGAGCAGGAUGCGUUCCAUCUGACGAUCGAGGAGUAUCUGCUUGCGUUGAUUUCGAUGGUUGAGGAGCUGUCUCGCCUGGCCGUCAACUCCGUCACUCUGGGAGAUUAUACUCGUCCGUUGCAGAUCGGCAACUUCAUCAAGGACCUGUUCGCUGGGUUCCAGCUGCUGAAUCUGAAGAACGAUAUUCUACGCAAGAGGAGCGAUGGGAUCAAAUAUAGCGUCAAAAAGGUGGAAGAUGUGGUUUACGAUCUCUCGUUGCGCAAUUUGAUUCCCAAGGGUGGUGCUGCGGCUUGA